AUGUUUAUCUUUCAUAAGAAACAAAUUGAAUUGCUGAAGUAAAAGAAAUAAUCUCAAACAAAAAGUCAUAGUACAAUUCCUCCUAUUAAUCUAUAUAAAUCUAAUUCCUAAAGUAAUUUAGCCCUUGAAUGCUAAGUCUUAAAGUCUUAUAGAAGAAUGAGAUUUAAGUAAUUUUAAGCAAAUAGAGAAGUUUGUCUACAGAUCAAGUCUUCAAUGGGAUCAUUUGUGACUACUCAACUGGGAUCCUCUCAACAUGACACUUCUUUGCCCUAAGCAUCGAAUGAAUUUGGAAAACGACUUAAGACUCUUCAAGACUUCUAUUUUGCGAAAACAUUUAUCACAACCAAUAGAUGA